UUAUAAUGUAGCGCACUCCAUUAUAAGAGAAAAAGUUUUGGGCCAUUAGUUCCGUUUUAAACGAAAAUCACUUGUUUUUAACUGUUCGGCCGGCUCGGUUGCGAUUUAUUUUCAUUUCAAUUAGGUUUGGUUUUUUGUUAUAUAUAUAGUUUUAAAAGGAUUUUUUUUUAGAAAAUUUCUCGAAAAUAAGUGCAAAAAAUGAUUAAGAGUGCUGUUUCUUUGGUUACUGGCGGGGCUUCGGGUUUAGGUCGUGCUACUGUUGAACGUUUUGCAAAACAAGGAGCUCGCGUUGUAUUGGCUGAUUUGGGUACAUCUAAGGGUCAAGAGGUUGCCAAAGAAUUAGGCGACAAUGUAGUAUUUGUUCCGGUUGAUGUGACUUCCGAAAAGGAUGUUACUAAUGCUGUGCAAACAGCUAAAGAUAAGUUCGGCCGUUUGGAUUUGGCUGUAAAUUGUGCCGGUACAGCUGCUGCCGUACGUACCUACAAUUUCAAUAAAUCGACUCCACACAAAUUGGAAGAUUUUACGCGUGUCAUUAUGAUUAAUACCGUAGGGACCUUCAAUGUCAUACGUCUAGCAGCGGGUUUGAUGGGUACCAAUGAGCCCAAUCAAGAUGGUCAGCGAGGUGUUAUUGUUAACACAGCUUCUGUGGCUGCUUUUGAUGGUCAGAUCGGUCAGGCUGCUUAUUCCGCUUCAAAAGCUGGUGUCGUUGGCAUGACACUACCCAUUGCGCGAGAUCUUAGCCCUCAAGGUAUACGAAUUUGCACAAUUGCUCCAGGACUUUUCAAUACUCCAAUGUUAGCUUCUUUACCGGAAAAAGUGCGCACUUUCUUAGCCAAAUCCAUACCAUUUCCACAACGAUUGGGAGAGCCUUCCGAAUACGCGCAUCUAGUGCAAGCCAUAUACGAGAAUCCUCUAAUGAAUGGCGAAACUAUACGCAUUGAUGGCGCUUUGCGCAUGCAGCCUUAAAAAGGAUUUAAUAUUUUUGUUGCUUUAAGAAAAACUUUUAUUUUUCUUUCUCCGAAAUAUUUUGCAUUUACUAUAUUUUUCUAAUGUUUGCCUUUGUUCGUGUUUUUUUUAGAAUUUCAAUUUCUAUAUAAAGCCACUUCUUAAUAAAGUCUAAUAUUAAAGAGAAAUGAAAUGUUGAA